AUGGUAGCACUUGGAAACGAACUGCUCAAAGGAGGAGAACCCUCUGCAUCGUUCUUGGAAGCGCUCAUUAUUCCACUCAGGAAGAAAGGAGACUCCGUCAACGUCAUGGAUUACAGGCCAAUUUCUCUGCUCCCGACUGGGUACAAGAUCUUGACUAAGAUCGUAGCAACACGAUUACAACAAAUGCUAGGCAAACUGAUAGGGUCUACCCAACAAGGUUUCGUACAUGUACGGUAA